UUCUCUUGCAUCCCUAGUCGUCCGCUCCAAAAAUAUUUCACGGAACCCAACUAAAUGAAAUAAUCCACCUUAAAUCGGGACUAAAUCGACCCGGAGCGAAUGCUAAUUGGCUGCCAGUCAAACUGUGCGUUCGAGCGCAAGAUAAAAAACGAUAAAUGGCCAAAAACCGGGCAGCUGUGCGUGGAGAAAAGUGAAAAGUGCUGUUAGCACAGCGAGUAGCGUGUGUGUAUGUGUGUGUGUGUGCGUGCGAGUGCGGGUGUGCGUAUGUGUGUGCGUGUCUUACGUUGCAAACAAAAUUUCUUUACAAUAUUUUUGCAUUUGAUCGGCGGCCGCCGCGGCGUUCUAUAACUUUUCCCCGAUCCGUAUAGCGCAGCAUUGCCCGCAAAUGUUGCUCCACCGAUAUGAUAAUGAAAGAUGCACGAAUAUGACGUAAAUGAGCGCAAAGAGGAACCAGCCAGUCUUCCACCCACUCAAAACGAGACCUGUGACACGGUCAGCAACAGCCAGGAUAAACCGCAGCAGCAGCAGGAGGAUCUAGCCAAGCAGCAACAGCAAGAGCAACAGGAAUCUCCUGAAAACAGCGAGAAAAGCCAGCUCCUGCAGGAUCAACCCAAUCAGCAGCAGGAGAAGCAGGAUUUACUGUGCGAAACCAGCCAGGACCUACAGGAUCAACCAGAACAACAUCCAACCAUCCUUUAUCCCCUCGUAGUCUGCGAUCAGGUGGCAGCUACUCAGUAUAUUGUAAAAGCGGAAACGCCGGACAGUUCACCUCUUAAGAAGCGACAACGUCGCGUAUAUGUCGCCGACUCCUCGCGCUGCUCCAGUCUUCGUUCGCGUCGGGAAUCCACGACCCAGGACGCCCUCGAAGUUGGCCUAAAGCAGCCGGAAGUCGCACCACAACCAGCGCCUGUGCAGCCUCCAUCGCCUACGCCCACAGAGUCCACUGAAUACAUACCACCAGACCUCUUUAAGCCAGAGUUUUGGAACCGCGUCGAAGAGGCCCAGGAGCCAAAGCACGCAGGAAAGCGACGCCUUGCAGGGGGACUUAAACGGACGAGAGGCAACAAGCUUCUGCGAGAGAUCGAGAUCCAUUCUCCGGAAACGGCGGCCGCAAUCGCGGCAGCACAGGCUGAGCUCAACGCCACAGGGAAGUCGGGAGCAGCAGGAACACGGGCCAGCCGUAAAAGGACUAGCGCAAUGUCAUUGUACGAUCGGCGAUUCCAAACGACCACCGAAGAGCGUCGAGUGGCCAACGGAUACGGAGGCAAUGGUGCGCGAUCGGGGAAUGGCUCCACAUCCAAUGAGAUCGAGUCCCAGGAGCUGCAAAGCCAUCAGUAUUACGGACCCAGCGGUGGCAGCAAUACAUCGGGAGUGGGCGCCGGCCUGAACGGCAGUGCGGCGGCCCUGAACCAUGCCCCUUCGAUGGGCACACUCUGCAACAUUGGCAAUAGUUGCUACCUUAACUCGGUGGUGUACACACUGCGCUUUGCCCCACACUUUCUGCAUAGCCUGCACCACCUAAUACAGGACCUGAACGUGGUGCAGCAGACCAUCGCACGUCAGCAAACGGCUAGGUCGGCAUCACUCGGCCGGAAUGUGAGUGCCGUUCAGUUGGAGCAUGCGCGAAGUUGGAGCAGCAAGGAUCUGGCCACCAGUACGGAUCAAUAUAGCGGUCUCAACGGCGGAGUAACUAGCGGAGGUGGUUCCGGCAAGACCACCCAUCAGUCGGUGACGGAGAAACUCCAUGAGCUGUAUAACAAUCUGCAUGGGAACGAAAUGGCCGACUCCACGGAGCCGUACCAUGCGGAUACGCUGCUGCACGCCAUCCAGGACGUGAAUGCCACCUUUGAAGGCAACCAGCAGCAGGAUGCGCACGAGUUUCUCAUGUGCGUGCUUAAUUGCAUCCGCGAGACGAACCAGUCGCUAAUUAAGGCCAUCGGCGAGUGUCCCGAGGUCAUUGCAAAUGGCUACAUAGCCAACCCAGAUGAGGUCGAUACCGGAGAUUCGGCGACUCCUGGGACUGACUCCGCUGCGUCACAGAACUCCAGCUCUGGCAAUGGAUCGCUGCCAACUAGUCAAAUAACCACAACCAAAACGUCGUUCUUUUCCCGCAAAUCAAAAAGAAAAGACGAGGUCAAGUCAUCCAAGUCGACGCGCGUUCAGUCGCCGCUUAAGGACAAUAGUCCGAACAGCCUGUUCUACCUGAACACAGUUGAUCUCAGUGGCGCCAGCAGUACGAGCGGUAGUGUCAAUGCCAGUACCAGCGUUGCUUCCCCGAGUGUUGCAUUACCGACACUACCAGCGCCACAGGCCACAAAAUACUCCAGUGAUGACGAGAUGAACUCGGCCACAGUGCUGAAAGACAAAAUGCGGCUGGAGGACCGAAUACGUGAGCUGAACCUCAAUUUCUUUAGCUCCGACUUCGAGGGCAUUGUGGUGCUGACCACCAAAUGCCUAAGCUGCGAGACGAUCACGCGGCAAAAGCAGGGCAUGCUCGAUAUUUCUGUGCCUGUGCCAAUCUCGGGGUACGACAAUGCCGAUCUGCAGGAGAAACCCAGCACCUAUAUACAGAAUUCGUGCAUCACGAAGGAGUAUUUCCGCGGCGAGAACAAAUACAGCUGCAACCAGUGCACCGGCUACACCGAGGCCAUAAGGUCCAUCUCGUACGAGGUUCUGCCUCGGUUGCUGGUCAUCCAGCUUAAUCGUUUCUCUGGCGGCAUGGAGAAGGUGAGUACGUAUGUGCCCACCACCUUCACUCUGCCCUGUUUCUGCGCCACCUGCUGUGAGUUGGGCGAGGGCAAUAAGCUGCACGUUUACAAGCUGUACAGCGUGAUUACGCAUGUGGGAGCCACACUGACGGUGGGUCACUACAUCGCCUACACAUGCUUUUUGGAUCUGGCCAGUGACUACGUGAACUGUCCGAAGGAUCGAAGAAAUACGAUGACGGGUUCACAAACGAUGUCUUCGCAAACGACGGCCUCCAACGAGAAUGCAGCUCCGAAUAAUGGAAGCAGUUCCGUGGCCAGCACACCAGUCAUUGCGGCUGCCUCGGCGUUGGCCUCCUCGGGCAACAUUUUGAUGAAGAAGAUGAAGUUCGGACGCAGCAAAGCCUCCAGCAGUGGGGAUAUGAGCAAGAAUGUGAAGCAGGUGAAUGGGACCAGCAGCAAGAACAUCACCAAUGGAAUUGGAAAGCUGAGCAUGAACACCACCUGCCAGGGGGUCAACUGCUGUGCCAUGAGGCUCUGUUGCAGCCAGCAGACGAGCAGUAGUAACUCGGCCAGUUGCAGCGACUUUAGCGAGGAAUCCCUGCAGAACGGAAGCAACAGCAAUUUGAACUUUGGAGGAUCCGGCACUGCCUAUCCCACGGGUUACGGCAGUACGGGGCGGGGUGGUGUCAGAGCCAACUACGCCCACGGGGGCACAGAUCCCAUUUGGUACAUGUGCGACGAUGAUAAGAUCAAGGCCAUGACCCAGCGGGAGUUCGAAGAGCUGUUAUCGCCCACACGCAAGAUCACAAUAACUCCGUAUUUGCUAUUUUAUGCCCGGUUCGAUCUUCAGCCGCAGAAGUCCACGCCGCCGAAGCCGGGAACAUCCUCUACGCCUCCGCCACCAUCGGCACAGAGCUCCUGGUCAAACGACAACGUGCCCAGCGGCUCGCACAAGAUUUGAGGUUUCACCCAACCCCUGAAACCCAGUGUAAAGCGGGGGAAGUGAAUAUUGAUUGACAAAACCCACAUCGGCAUACUGAUCGGAUUGGAGAUGUCUUUAGCCUAGAAUAAUAAGCAAAAGAAGAAGUCUGUUUGUUAAACAAUGUAAUCGUACUAAGCUCUAUCGUUUAUCUACAUGCAUAACUAUUCAUAAACUAACCAGUGGUUUGACUGAGGCCUCAAUUCCAAACGCCCUUAGGCUCCCUCUUCCCAUAUCCGAAGAUCAUAUAAUUUUUGUUUUUAUUCGUAGCAGUCAGUUCAGUCUGUUCAAUCGAUGCAUUUGAUUUUGGCAUUAUAAUAUUGUAUUCUAAUCGUUAUUUAAUAAACAUACCAUACCGAACGCGUCACUUUAAAAACACGAAUUUAAAACGUUGAGAUUGUUUGCUCCAUUGAAUGUAACUAACAUUCGCAAGACGUUUUCGAUAUACUCGUACAUAAAUUAAAAGCGAAAGCAAUAAAUUUAACAAAUCUUUGAUUCAAAAUAGUGCAUGGCAGAACAAGCGAGUGUUGUAAUAAUAGUAAUUAUUAUUAAUAGUAAUGAAUAAUCUCCAAUAUUCUCAUAGGACAUACAUACCACGUUGCGUUGGCACCAGCGGUUGAGUUUUGUGUCUGGCAGGCGAUGAAAUCUGUAAUAAUUACAGUAUACAUAUAGUAACUGGAAUGGUUUAUUGUAAACAAUGAGCUAGACCUACGCAAAAACACACAAAUAUAUACGAAGUGUUGAAUAGUUGUUAAACUGAUGACACACCUCAAAAGAGAAGAGUAAUUGAUUGAAUCGAACGUAGCGGACAAACACAGAUCAAGCGAACAACUGAGAAUUGUUAUGAAAUUGAUUGCAUAGUUUAUAAAAACGUUUUCAUAUGACAAGCUGCAACAAAACUUCAUUCACUCACAAAACACACACCCACACACGAUUGUAAUGUAAUAUUGAUAAAUAAUUGUAAUAAAAUUAAAAUAUCUGUAAUAAUUGUAAUAGCACACUACUUACGCAAUAUUUUUAGUGGAUUAGCCUUAGUUUUUCCAUGCAUUACAUGACUCUAGCUUAGUUCAGUUCUAUUUUUUCCAAGAGCGCUGCUAUAGUGAUAUUAACAUUUACAGAGCAAAGAUUUGUGUACAUUGUAAUGUGUAAAUUUUACAUUUAACAACUGAAAAUAACAUUAACACUGAUCAGCAUAAGCAACCGAUUCAGCAGUUCAAUGAGACACAUAAAUUUGAUUACGAAGCGGCUUUGUUGAGAGUGGACCGUUUGAUUCCAAUUAUAUUUAUGUUUAUUAUUGAUUAGCAUUAUAGAACAUGCUUAACUAAAUAUACGAAAUAUACAACAUACACAUAA